CGUGCUCAGAAAUGCAAGCAAUUGAAGGUCAACGCAAAGGAUCUACUGUCUUCACUUUCAAUGGCUUCGAAUAUCAUAAAAAUAGACGGUAUCCUCGGUUCUCUGGUGGUAAGGAAAGAUAUGUCUGCGCUUCUGGGUCAACCCAUUAUCGGUGUCUUGUAUCUCUGUGGAGAUAUCCUGUGACUUCAUAAAAUCAAUUACAUGAUACUCAUGAACAUCAUCGUCCAACAUCUCACAUUCGAAGACCCGCGAUUCGAAUGUUACAGCAAAGGGCGUUAAAAAAUGAUAAUUUACCAAACAAUAUUGCAAAUCAAGUAUUUCAGAGGUUUCCAGCUGCAGCAAAUUUGAUUCGCCCUCCAACAGCACGGCAGCAUGUUCACCGCCAACGUAGACUUUUUCGCCCGGCAUUGCCCGAUGAUUUUGGAGAUCUCAGAGAACUACUGGAAAAUUAUCCACCUAUCGAUUCAACUAAUCAAGGGCAUGUAGAAAGCGCAGAUUUAUCGAUAGGUUACAUUUUUGGGUCCGACGCCAUGUUAGGAAGGCUAAGCAGAAGCAGUGAAGUACAUUUGGAUGCAACUUUUAAGAGUGUACCUCAACAUCCGAGAGGAUCACAAUUGUUGAUCAUUCACAUAAGGAAAUUCCCACUUUGUUGAUUCUCUGCAGCCAUAAAUCAUCGGAUUUAUACGAGGCAAUUUUAGAUUGGUUAUUGAACAGAGUACCUGACAUCCGUCACUAUUUGAAAGCUAUUGUUACUGAUUUUGGAGCUGCAUUGCUCUCUGCGAUACAUUCAAAAAUGCCUUGGGUUGAACGACGCGGUUGCUGGUUUCAUUUUGCCAGAGUGAGUUGAUUUAUCGUUAAGUUUAGCCAUCAUGAUCUGAUUAGAUAGUA